AUGGUUCAGAUCAAGUGCACCGUGACGCACGGGAAAGAGUUCCAGCUGAGCGAAUACCGCGCGAUCCCGGAGAAGGACGGCAACCAUCCGGGAUACUACUGCGUCAAUAACGUGGACGUCGUCGUUCCGCCGGAGAUGACGUACGCGGAGUUCCGCAAGACCAUGAACAAGAGCUGGACGAAGUUGUACCAGAACUUUCGCAUGACGCAGCCCAUGUACGACGAGCUGUACAGGUGGGAGAUGAACUCGAACGAAUCUCUAGGCGAUAUCAAGGGACCCGACGGUCAAGCCGUGCGAGAUCACAAGAGGACGCCGGUCGUCGACGGCGAACACACGCUGAACAUGAGGGAGAUACCGCCCCAGGGGUAUGAGUACUUAUGCGCCAUGUGCGUGGUGAGCUAG